CUAUAAAUACUCGUUCAAUGACGAUAGAAAUAACUGUACGAUUGGCAAAAUAAAGAAAACGCGUAAAGUAGUACGACUGGAUUAAGUAAACGAUUCAGAGAAAUGCCGAUAUCGCUAACGGACAACAAUAGUUUGCAGAAAAUUUGUGAAACCUUUGCAAAUUUUCAUUACGAAACGAUCGCAACAACAUUUAGCAAUGAAUCGUUAUCGUGAAAAGUAGUCUCAUACUUUAUUUACUUCGAGCAUGUAUCGGCGAUUUAAUAAGCAGUUCGAAAUGUUUCAAGUCUUGUCGAUCCUCUCGACAUUUCUUAUCCUUAUGAUCGGCUCACCGUCGGACGCUGAUCUAAACGGGACCGAUUUUAAAUGUACUGGACGUUCAUAUCACAAUGUCACUUUAACCGCAUAUUAUCCGGACUAUACGAGCGACGAUGAAAUCGAUUAUUUGGACAUCAGAGGAAAGAAACUGAAAACUCUACAGGAUUACAUAGAUGGACGUGAGACUUACGUUAGCGCCAGCAUGGACUUGAUAGGUACGGGUCUCAAGUAUGGCUCUAAUCUGUGCAUACCCGAAUUGAACGAGCACUUUGGAAGGCGCAUUCCUUUGCAGGCACGUGACUAUGAUAGCAACAUUAAAGAAAGAAAAUUCACGAGAGUGGACAUUUGCGUCAGGACUGAUGUCGACAGCUAUGAUAAGGCUGUGAAUCGUCUUGUCACACUAUAUGUAUGAUCGUUUCGAUCAAGAGAAAAAUUACAUUAACGGUUACUAUAUGCUUAUCCUUUCAAAUCUUUCAUAUUAUGCAUAAGCUAUAUCUGAAAAAUAUUGCAU